CCAUCACCCACGAUUCCCACAUAGGAGUAGUAAAAAGAGAGACGGAUCCGACUACUGAGCUAAGCAACACCGGCCGCAACAAUGGAGGAGGAGGGUCUGGUGAGCGCAGCGACGGGGGCGCUGCAGCCCGCGCUGGCAAAGCUGGCCGCGCUUCUCGGCGACGAGUACAAGGAGGUGCGCGGCGAGGUCGAGCUCCUCACCCGCGAGCUGGCGGCCAUGGACGCCUUCCUCCUCACCAAGUCGGAGGAGGAAGAGGAUCACAGCUCGCAGGACAAGGCCUGCAUGCACGAGAUCCGGGAGCUCUCCUACGACAUCGACGACGACCUCGGCGGCUUCAUCAUGGCUAGCGUCCCCGACAAGUCCGCCGAGCUGGCCGGACUCUUGGACAAGAUGCAGGCCAUGCUGGGCCGUACCAAGGCUCGUCACCAGAUGAUCGCCACGGCCGUCGAUGAUCUCAAGGAGCAGGUCGUCAAGGUCGCCGAGAGGCACAGCCACCACAAGAGGCCCAAGGUUGAUGAUCGUAGAGCUCUCGCCACCAUCGACAACGCGUCGUCCGAGCUCGUCGGCGUUGAUGGGCCCAAGGAAGAGCUCAUCCAACUACUACUCGGCGGUUCUGAUUCAGAGUCAACGCAGCAGCAACCAAACCCAAGCUUGGUGGCCAUUGUUGGGUCCGGAGGAAUGGGCAAGACAACUCUGGCAAAACAAGUGUAUAAAGACCUCAAGCAAAGCCAAUUCAAUUGUCAUGCUGCUUUCUGUUCCGUGCCACGGAGUUCAGACAAGGUCCAGGUUAUCAGCGCCAUUUACAAGAAACUGAACCGUUCGUAUUAUCCUUCUCCUGACGAGGAUUUACCACAGCUUGUCACCAUGAUUUCAGACUUCCUCGAAGACAAACAGUACUUUAUUGUACUUGAUGAUAUACGGGAUGUGGAAAUAUGGAAGGUUAUUGAGUGUUCAUUUCCCACAACCAGUUCUGGUAGUAAAAUAAUUAUCACUACCCGCAUACAUGCCGUCGCUCAAUCAUGUUGUUCAACUUUCAGAGGACAUGUAUACAAUAUAAGGCCUCUUAGUAUGGUGCAUUCGAGGCAAUUAUUCUACGCAAGACUAUUCAACUCUGAAGAAAAAUGUCCAUCAUACCUUCAAGGGAUUUCUGGUCCGAUCUUGGAUAAAUGUGCUGGCUUACCUUUGGCAAUCAUAGCUAUAUGUGCUGUGUUGGCUUAUAAGGCAAGUGUAAAUGGAAUAUGGGAGCAAGUAAAGGAUUCAAUUGGUCCGGCACUACAAAACUCUAUCGUCGAAGACAUGGUAAACAUAAUAUCCCUUAGUUACUUGGAUCUUCCUCCUCAUCUUAAAACGUGUCUAUUGUACCUGAGCAUAUUUCCAGAGAGGCACAAUAUUAAGAAGGAGAAUCUGAUAAGGCGGUGGAUUGGCGAGGGAUUCAUUCAGAAAAGAGUCGGUUAUACAAUAUAUGAGUCGGGGGAGAUGUGUUUCAAUGAGCUCAUCAAUAGGAGGUUGAUCCAGGCUGCAAAGAUGGACGAGACAUUUGGGGACGAGGUGAAGAGUUAUCGUGUUCAUGCCACUGUUCAUGAUUUCAUUAUAUCUAAGGCUGUUGAAGGUAACUUUGUUACUAUAGUAGGUGUACAUGGUGUCAUAAAUCCUGAUACGAAGGCCAAGAUUCGUCGAGUGUCUUUACAGAAUGACGGCAAGAUUCCGUCGGGUCUUGAUGUAUCUAGUGCCCGAUCACUCCAUGUAUUUGGUCGUAAUGUGAAGAUCCCAUCUUUGUCAGAGUUUCCACUCUUGCGUGUUCUGGACUUUGAGGAUUGCUCACAGUUAGAAGAUGAUCACCUUGCAGGUAUUGGAAAUUUGUUCCACCUCAACUACCUAAGGUUCAAACAUGCGAAUGCUGUCAAGAAGCUUCCAGAGCAGGUGGCAAGGCUGCAACAUUUGGAGAUUGACGUGAAAGGAUAUAGCAAACUAAUGGAAAUCCCUAUGACCAUCCAAGAACGGUUGGAAUGUAAUGUAACUCUAUAUGUCGAUGGUUAUGAAACAGUACCGGAUGAAAUUGCGGCCAUUGAGGGAUUGCGAGUGUUGGAAGGUCUCAAUAUUUAUACUCAGUCAACGGAAUUUCUAAAGAGGCUUGGUCAACUCAAAAAACUGAGGAAGCUGGGCAUAAUAUGGAACAUGUAUGAUAUGGGUAAUUGUGAUGUUAAUUUCGAGAAAGAUGAUGAGGAGAUCGAGGAGGAUGAGGAGGAGUUUCUCUCUUCCAUAUGUGAGCUCGGCAAAGCAGGCCUUGAGUCUCUGGACAUAUUUGUAAAGGAAGCAGCGGAUAGGUACUUCAAGCGUUCAUGGUUUCCCGAUCCACAGUGCGGCCUUCGUGAGCUUAUCAUCGCGGGGGACUACCUCUCGGAGGUUCCGGCAUGGGUGGCCUCGCUCGUCAACCUUGAGAAACUAUGCAUCAGUAUGGAAGUGAUCAAUGCGAGAGACGUGGAGAUACUAAGAGGCUUGCCCAGGUUGCGCCAUCUUCGCAUCAGUGUGGAUGAUGAAGAAGUAUCUGUGCCGCAGGCUGCUGUGGAGAAAGCAAUGGAGGAACAUCCUAACCGUCCCACCUUGGUUUGGUUUGUGGAUUAAAUCUGGGGUUUUUGUCUACUUUUCAGGUGUUAAUAAAAGAUCAGAGGAACAAGCGAAACCGAAGUUCGUGCUACAUCCUUCAGUCGGUACCAUUGCGUUUAAAUAUUCGUUUACUUUUCACAAACAUAAAUAAAGGAUAGUACAAAUUCCAUCUUGUAUCUUGAAAUGUCGCGUCUGCUACUUGGAAUAGCAUUUUUUAAGAUUAUAUUUAUUUGAACCAGCUAUACUGUCAAAACUGUCGUUUGGCUAUUGGCUCGCCAUGUGGCUAUAAGCUGUCGGAAUGUUUGAAAUACCAAAGCUUUGUUGUUUUGUUAAUUUAAGUAUAAAUUCAUAUGUAUUCACAUGAAUUCACAUGUAUAUUCACACUAUUUAUUAUUUUAUAUUGAUAUGUUA